CCCGGGAGCCGCGGGCAGUGGGGGCGUUGGCCGCGGCGGCGGCGGGAGAGAGGACGGAGACGAUGUUUUGAUGUUCGUGGAUCUCCAUAAGGGCGGAGGCGAACGCUUUCCCAAGAGCAAGGGAAGGGCCCGAGAGCCGAAUUGUGGGAGGGUUCUUCACCGAGAGGGACUGGGAGAAGUAGGACCUAAGGAGGAGAAUGGGCAAAUUAGGCAGGGAGUGGAGGAAGCUCCUAGUGGUACAUAAUUUGUAAAAGGUGAUUUUAACGAGUACGUAUAUACACAAGGCGUUGAAGAAGAAAUCUUAAAGGUGCAAUGGAGCCUCACUUUCCCAAGCAGUGAAAAAUGAUGCCAGCGUUAAGCAACGAGUUGUAUUCCAUAUUCCUUCCCUUCCACUUCUCACUGCUGGACUAGGAGGGAGACUUGCAGGGCAGAUAUGGUUUUCUUUCCUCUGAAUUUUGCACAAGUGCCAGUGUAAUUUAGGAGGUGACUGCUUUGUCAGUAAGAGCUACUACCAAGGAACAAAUUACCAAACCAUGUGGGUUUUUUUUUUCUUUUUUCAGAGGUAAAAGAUUUGAAUUCACAGCCUUCAACUGGGAACAGUUCCCAGCAAAUCUGUUUUAAUUAAAGAUGAAAUACAGAAAACAAAGAACUUCAAGUGCUUUAGAUCUCAUCUGAAAUCCUACAGGGCUAAAUCACCUGUGGAUAAGACGUAGGUGCAGUCUGCGGUUGGACUGGGCAGCGGGGUGGCCGUCGCUGGAUGCCAUUGUUGCAGGAAGUGACAACCAACAGAAGAAUUUGGAUGCUCAGACAACUUUAAAUUUCAAGCAUUAUUUUUGACUGCUACUUUCAAUUGGUGAAAACUGAAGGUCUUUCACUCAGAAGAAAUAAAUUAAGAAGAAGGUUUUCCAGGAACUGGCUACGGAAGACUAGUAACAGGAAUCUGAGCCUCACGUGUUUCUGAGCUGCUGUGGAUGGCCCUGGCCCUCUUAACCACCAUUCCAAGUAGCAUGUCACUGAGAUCCCUCAAAUGGAGCCUCCUGCUGCUGUCCAUCCUGAGCUUCCUCGUGAUGUGGUACCUCAGCCUGCCCCACUACAAUGUGAUAGAGCGCGUGAACUGGAUGUACUUCUAUGAGUACGAGCCAAUUUACAGACAAGACUUUCGCUUCACGCUUCGAGAGCAUUCAAACUGCUCUCAUCAAAAACCAUUUCUAGUCAUCCUGGUGACCUCACACCCUUCAGAUGUGAAAGCCAGACAGGCCAUUAGAGUUACUUGGGGUGAAAAAAAGUCUUGGUGGGGCUAUGAGGUUCUUACAUUUUUCUUAUUAGGCCAGCAAGCUGAAAAAGAAGACAAAGUGUUAGCAUUGUCCUUAGAGGAUGAACACCUUCUUUAUGGUGACAUAAUACGACAAGAUUUUUUAGACACAUAUAAUAACCUGACCUUGAAAACAAUUAUGGCAUUCAGGUGGGUAAGUGAGUUUUGCCCCAAUGCUAAGUACAUCAUGAAGACAGACACUGAUGUUUUCAUCAAUACUGGCAAUUUAGUGAAGUAUCUUUUAAAUUUAAACCAGUCCGAGAAAUUUUUCACAGGUUAUCCUCUAAUUGAUAAUUAUUCUUAUAGAGGAUUUUACCAAAAAACCCAUAUUUCAUACCAGGAGUAUCCCUUCCGGGUGUUUCCUCCCUACUGCAGUGGGUUGGGUUACAUCAUGUCCAGAGAUUUGGUGCCCAAAAUCUAUGAAAUGAUGAGUCAUGUAAAACCUAUCAAGUUUGAAGAUGUCUAUGUUGGGAUCUGUUUGAAUUUAUUAAAAGUGGACAUUCAUAUUCCAGAAGACACAAACCUUUUCUUUUUAUAUAGGAUCCAUUUGGAUGUCUGUCAGCUCAGACGUGUGAUUGCAGCCCAUGGCUUUUCUUCCAAGGAAAUUAUUACAUUUUGGCAGGUUAUGCUCAGGAAUACCACAUGCCAUUAUUAAUUUGACAUUCUACCACAAACCUAGAAAAGAACAGGAUACUUUAUGUAAAGUAUUAGAGUUGGUACUGAAAGUCCUCUAGUGGGAAACUCACAGGAAGGACACUGUGCUGGCGUAUACUGAACUGAAACUCAUGAAGAACCCGUAGACUAGAGACUGCAGGGUACACUUGUGAUAUAUUUUGACAGAAAUCAAAUCAGGCCCUUUAAAGGUGAUAUUCAGAGGAAUUAAACGUGAAUUUGAAGAGUUUCGUUAAUAAUAGGACCAAACAAUUUGAACAUGUCAUUUUAUAGACUAGAACUUCUUGAAAGAGUUUCAUUGAAUUAUAAGCUCAUUAAUCUGUAACAACAAAACUACGUGGAGCUCUAUUUAUUGAACAAUCUAGUCAGUUAAGGGUUUUAUGUAUCUUAACAUGGAUUACCAAUUUUUAAAAAUAUAGAGUUAUGUGUAAAAAAACUUAACGAGUUAUACCAAACAAAAUUUCAUCGGUUUUUGGUCAUUCAGAAGAUAUUUCAAGAUGUUACAGUAUUUCACAGUUAUCAAUUAUUAUUUAAUAUUGCUUAGAACUUUCUGGGUGUUUAAAUGUUAUGGUUGUUUCAAUAUUGUAUAAACAGAAUAGCAAAGCACCUUUUACAUUUGAACUUGUUUUCAGUUACUUCACUGAUAAUUAUCGAUAACAUAAAGUCAUGGGUCAUUAUUGUGUAUCAGUAAUCUCUUUGACUUUGAUAAAUAUUUUACCGUGGUAAUAUAAAGAAGAAUUAAAGGAAUAAGAUCUGAAUUAUCGUCUUGUUUUUAAAAAUAUAA